CGAGAAAAUGAAUCGGAGCUUUAAUAAAUCUCAGAGUCUGCGGUAUUUUGGUUACAGCGCGGUGGAAGUCAAGAGUAAGUUUGGUGCAGAAUUUCGAAGAUUUUCUCUGGAUCGUUACAAGCCAGGGAAAUUUGAAGACUUCUACAAACUUAUUCUUCACAUCCACCACAUAUCCAACAUGGAGGUUAUGAUUGGAUAUGCAGAUAUACAUGGGGAUCUUCUUCCUAUUAAUAAUGAUGACAACUUCUUCAAGGCUGUCUCAAGCGCAAACCCGUUGCUAAGGAUUUUUAUACAAAAACAAGAUGAAGCAGAUUAUGGUAAUUUUGGUUCAAAUACCUUGACCAGGAAAAAGAAAGCUCUGGUGACCCUCCGGAAUGACAAUCUUCGCAGGCGCCCCCAUGUUAAUAUCAGCAUGCCGCACGACUUCCGGCCAGUGUCUUCCAUCAUCGAUGUGGACAUUUUACCUGAAACUCACAGGAGGGUCAGAUUAUAUCGACACGGAUGCGAAAAGCCGCUAGGAUUUUACAUUCGUGAUGGGACGAGCGUCAGAGUAACUCCUCACGGGCUGGAAAAGGUGCCGGGCAUUUUCAUCUCGCGGAUGGUUCCUGGUGGCUUAGCAGAGAGUACCGGCUUGCUAGCUGUCAACGAUGAAGUCCUGGAGGUGAAUGGCAUAGAAGUGGCAGGGAAAACUCUUGACCAGGUAACAGACAUGAUGAUCGCAAACAGCCAUAAUCUUAUCAUCACCGUCAAGCCAGCAAACCAAAGGAACAAUAUUAUCCGAAGCAGUCGGAUGUCUGGGAGCUCUGGCCAAUCCACAGACAGCACUGCGAGCCACCACAGUUUGCCUUCCUCUCAUGUCUUGCAGAAUUUCCACCCCGACGAAAUGGAGAGCGAUGAGGAGGCCGAUAUUGUAAUCGAGGGUUGCCUGGAACCGCAGCACAUUCCAAAAUCACACAGUCUUCCUUCCGGCAGCCUUUCCCGAAUUAACGGCAGCAGCCUUAGUCACAGACUACAGAGGGACCUGGUAUUCAACAACAGCUUGGGACGAGAAAGCAAUGGCAACAUUCACAAAAUUCUAAGUUCCUUAAAAACGGAUCCUCGUCAUAGCUUGGUUCUCCCCAAAGGUGGCAUUGAGGAGGAUGGGACGGUGAUUACACUGUAG